AUGGAUAUCCAGGCGGUCUACUGGGCAGCACCUCCAGUGACCAGAACUAUCGUGACUCUGACAUUAGUCCAAUCUCUCCUUGUCAUCGGUGGCCUGCUCAGUUCAUAUUAUGUUUUGUUCGUGCCGGGCCUCGUUUUCAAGUUUCCUCCAGAGAUAUGGCGCCUGGUCACACCAUUCCUGCUAACCGGUCCGAAGCUCAAUUUCUUCUUUGACCUUUAUUUCAUGUUUACCUAUGGCAGCCACCUGGAGCGUAAAUCUGCGCGACUGAGCCAUCCCGGAGACUUCUUCGUCUACCUCGUCUUCGUAGCAUCUUCCAUCCUGCUUACCUCAGGCUUCUACCUUGGCAACUACGUCCUGACGUCCGCAUUGAUCAUGGCCAUGAUUUAUACCUAUUCCCUGGACAACCGAGGCACUACGACACACUUGCUGUUCAUUCAAAUCAGGGUUGAAUAUCUUCCUUGGGCUAUGCUGGUGAUCGCUUUUGUUUCCAACGGCUGGGACGCUGCCUUGGCUGAGAGCAUGGGAAUUGUGGCCGCCCACCAAUGGGAAUUCCUCACUCGGAUUUGGCCGGCGUUUGGCGGCGGGAAAGACUAUUUGAAGACACCCGCAGUCGUGCGCCGUUAUUUUGCGAGAUAUACUGAGGAUGUGGGGAGACGCGAAUACGGUCGCUUUUGGCGCCCAUCACAACCCCAUGAAGCUCGAGAGGGUGCAAAUACAGAGAGACCGCCACUUCCCGACUCCUGGCGAAGCUGGGGCUCUGGCCAAAGACUCGGAGGAGGAUAA